UGAGCUCCAUGUUCUAAACUUUUAACUUCAUGUUCUUCCAUAAGUUGCAAACAAAUAAAAAUUAGUCAGACACUUAAGCUCUAAUUAUUAUGUCUUCUUGUGGUUCAAAAGACAAUGUUAUAGUUUAUAUCUUGGUUUACUUUCCUUUUGUAAUAGGUUCUUUAGAAAAGUUAUACAAUUUUGAAUAUCUUUCUGUUGACAUAUUAAAUGGAGAGGAUGAUGGUACUACAUCUGUACCCAGAUUACCAAUCCCUUUGCCAUUUUGUAAACUAGAGACUACAGACUCUAUUUAUGUUUGCACAAAUGGGCUUGUUGCUUUAGGAGAAGAAUACUGUCCUUUUGAUGCUGGGAAAUAUGGUGAUGAGUUUGCAACAUCCAACCCAGUUUUAGCACCCUUUUAUUCUGAUAUUACCCUAGCAUCUGCAAGUUUUGCAAAGAAUUCUGGGAGCAUAAAAAGUGCUCUGCAUCUCUUUGGAAUUUCAUCAAAAGAUAUUUUUGAACGAGCUAAUAAAGACGUACAAAAUUUUAUGCAUUUAAAUGUCUUUGAUGCUGUAUUAGUAUAUAUUGCAACUUGGUUUGAUGUACGAGGUUGGGGAGCAAAUGAGCGUGCAACAUUUCAAGUGGCAAUAAUAACUGAUGGAAUCAGAUCUUUUGUUCGUUUUUCAUAUCAUGAUAUGUUGUUACAAAAUUUGUUAAAAAAUGUUCAAGUUGGAUAUAAACUGGAUGACAGCAAUGAUUGUGAAGUAUCACUUAAUAUUUCAAUUAAUGGAUAUGAGUCAUAUACAUACCCUUUAGAUAAAAUUGAAGGUAAUACAGGUGAAAAUGGUGUUUGGAUGUUUGAAAUAACAAAAGAUAAGUUUCCUAUUACUGAUUUAAAAAGUAUAACAGUCACAGUGUUAGCAUUAGGAAAUUUGCAUGUUAAAACUGGUGAACGAGUUAUACUGUUUUGUCAUAUUUCAAAAAAUAGUAAUGUUUCAUAUUUGUGGUACAAAGAUGGAUUGAUUUUGGAAAUGGAAGGUAAAUCAAUGUUUGUAAAGGAUUUUUCAAUGGACGAUGCAGGGGUUUAUCAAUGCAAAAUAAGCAAUUUUGAUGAUGUUCAGACUUCUAUCAACUCAGUUACAAUAUCUGUUAUUUUUUCUGAAGUUCCAACAUUGACAAUUCUACCUCACUCAUCCAGUGCUGUCAAUACAUCUGUUGUUUUAUCAUGUGAUAUAAAAUCUUAUCCAAGACCAGUAAUAUCAUGGCAUAAAGAUGAGGUUUUUCUUAAGGAAGGAACAGUUUCAGUUUUAGUCAUACCAGCAGCCACACUAAGUCAUGCAGGGAGUUAUCAAUGCAUUGCUUCAAAUGUGAAUGGUAGGAUAGCUUCGAAGGCUCAAUAUCUUGAAAUAAAACCUUUAUUACAAAAAAUCAUGCACAAAAGUUUUGAUAUCAAUGAAGCCAAUGUCACCUUGACUUGUACACCAAGUAUGGACAUGGUGAAGCUUUUGUUACUUUGGAAUAGACAAAUUAGUACAAAUUCAUCCAACCCAGUUGUAUAUUUUGCAAAUGCUAAUAUUAAAAGUGUGCAUUACCCAGAUCAUGUUUGUAACACACUUCCUAAAAACCAACAAGAUAUAUCAAUAUUUCUUCAAAUGCUUGAAGAAGCAUCUGUUGCUUUGUUUAAAAAAAGUAAUAUUUCAUAUCCAGUCUUAAAUGAGAUUCAAAAUGUAAACUUUUCAUGCCCAAAACAACCCUUCAAAAGUAUAUCACAUGAGUGGAAUAUCACUUUUUAUGGAGUUUAUAUCUGGGAAAGUGUUAAGUAUAUUGUAAAAAGUUCAUCAUUCAAAGAUAGCAAUUCUAGCAAAUGCACAGCAUCGUUUAGUGAUGGUGAUAACAAAAUUGAAUCAGUUGAUAUUGCAAUCAAGUAUAUCGACCCACCAUUUAUUGAAUCAUCACAGAACCUUAGUUUAUUAAUAGAUGGUAUUCAACUUAUAUUAAAUUGUAAUGCAGAAAACAGCCAAGUAUUAUUUUAUCAUUGGUCUAAAGAUGGAGACAUAAUAAAUAAUCAAAGCAAUUUAUAUUUUGAAAGUAUAAACAAAACAACUUCAGGAAGUUACACCUGUCAUGUCAGUAAUGGCAACCUAAAAGCAUCUGCAAGUGUGUUUCUUGAUGUUCAUUAUAUAAGUACACCACAUCUAUUGUUAUCAAGUAAUCAAACAGUUAAUGAAGGAGAAACAAUAUACAUGUCUUGUGAAGUAGAUGGUAUUCAACCUAUAUCAACAAUGUGGUUGAAAAAUGGGCAGUAUCUCAACAAUACUUCUGAUAAAAUUUUCCUCAAUGUUAAAAGGAGUGAUUCAGGCAGUUACAAGUGUAUUGUAAAAAAUAAAGCUGGUGAAAAGAGUUCCAAUGAAUUAUAUUUAGAUGUUAUGUAUCUAGAACAGCCUUCAAUUAAGUCAUCGCAAAAUAUAAGUGUUUUAAGUGUUGGUAGCCAGUUGCUACUAAUAUGUGAAGCUCUUGGCAAUCCAACCAUAGUUUACAAAUGGCUAAAAAAUGAAGAGGUAGUAAGUAAUACCAAAGAGUUACAUUUUGAAAGAGUUAACGAAAACACAAAAGGAAGUUAUACAUGUGACGUUAGCAAUGGGUUUACUACAAAGUCCAGUGUAGUAUACCUUGGUGCACAAUAUAUAAAAACACCUCGACUUCGGUUCUCAAAUUUUGAAACAGUCAUCGAAGAGGAUUUUCUAUCAAUGUUUUGUGAAGUUGAUAGCACAUUACCUGUUUAUUUCAAAUGGUGGAAAAAUGGAAAGCUUCUAAAUCAUGAAUUAUCUGUUCUUGCGUUAAAGGUUAAAAGAAAUGAUUCAGGUCUUUACAAAUGUCAAGCGCAAAAUAAUGCUGGAAGUAAAGUAUCAAAUGAACAGUUUCUAAACGUAAUGUAUAUGGAUCAACCUGUUAUUAACAGACUUCAAGUUGCAAAAUCAAAUAUUGAAGGAGACAGUUUGCUUAUGUCAUGCUCUGCUGAUGCAAAUCCAUCACGUUCAAACUUAAGUUUUUCAUGGAAACUUAAUGGUCGAUUUAUUUCACAUGGUGCUUUUCUUAGUAUAAGUAAUGCAACUAAAAAAGAUUCUGGUAUUUACGAAUGUUCAGUAAGAAACAGUGUUGGUGUUUCCAAGGAAGAGUUCAUAAACAUUCAAUAUUUGGAUGAACCUAGUUUGAUACUUCUACAGGAUAGCAUUGUGUUGGAAGGAAAUAGCCUGACCCUUCACUGUCUUUCAGCUGGUUCAUUUCCAUUGUCUUACUUUUGGAUAAAGAAUAAUACUUUGAUAACUUAUACUAAUGAGUACCUAAUAUUUAAAGCUAUUACUCGACUUGAUCAAGGAAUGUAUCAGUGUAAAGUUUCAAACAAUGUUACAAGCAAAUUUUCAGCUGUAGUAAAUAUUCAAGUAGUUUAUCUUGAUCAACCUGUUAUUGCUAUGUCUAAAGAUCUGAACUCCUUGUUUGAAGGGGAUCAGUUACUUUUGUCCUGCAACACAAUUGGAAGUAUGGACAUAAGUUAUCAAUGGUUUAAAAAUAAUGAUCUAAUAAGCAACAAUAAAGUAUUGUUUUUUCAAAAUUUUACUAAUAAUGACACUGGAAGUUAUGCAUGCUAUGUUACUAAUGGAUAUAUGAAAAAGUUUAAUGUUGUUUUGCUUGCUGCACAUUUUAUUAGUGUUCCUUGGCUAGAGUUCCUUCCUUACUAUUCUAUAGUAGAAGGAACACCUUUAAUAAUUUUGUGUCACGUGAAUUCCUCUGAUCAUGUGAAAUAUUUUUGGUACAAGGAUGGAAAAAAGCUUCCAGAUUUAUCUAAAAGUUUGUAUAUUGUUACAAGUAGAAAUAGUAGUGGUGUUUAUGUAUGUGUGACAUCAACUAAAUAUUCAACAAAAAUGUCCAAUUCACAAUACUUGGAAAUAUUUUAUAUUUCCUUUCCAUUUAUAAAUGAAAAGCAAAUAGUUCUUGGAAAAAAUAAAUCUACUAAUAUCAGUUGUUCAUCAAAUUCUUUUCCUGUCAGUAAUUACACUUGGGUGAAAGAUGGUCAAGUUAUUGGUCAUGAUCAAGUUUUAUUGAUUAAUAAUAUGAAUCUUGAAUCUGUUGGUGUUUAUGAAUGUUAUGUUGAAAACAUUGCUGGUCGAAAGAUGACUUCAACAAAUGUACAACUUCAAUUUUUAGAAAAACCUAACAUAUCAGCUCUUCCAUCUAAAAAAAUUCGGGAAGGAAAUUCAUUAUUUUUGAUUUGCGAGACUACCGGUUCUGGAAAAAUAAGCUUCUUUUGGUCAAUUGAUGGAAUUGUUUUUGAUCAAGAUACUCCUUACAAACUGAUAGAGCAUCUCAAUCGGUAUGACAAGAAAAGUAUUUUUUGCAUUGCUAAGAAUAAUCAUGACUCAAAAAUGUCAGAUGUGCUGAAACUAGACAUUAUUUAUUUAGACAAACCAGUAAUAAAAAUGUUUGAGACAUUAGAUUAUCUUGCACUUAAUUGUUCUUCAAAUGGUAAUCCACCCCCCUCUGUUGCAUGGUACUAUCAUGGCAUUUUUAUAACUGAUCAAACUGUCUUAGAAGUUGCAAAAACAAGUGUUACAGAGUAUGAAUGCGUUGCUAAAAAUGAAUUUGGAGAGAAAUCUGUUAGAACUGUUUUUGAAAAACAAAGUACUAGUAAACCUGUAUUGAAAAUAAAUCCUUCAAUAUUCCCAAAAGAAGGAGAUUCAGUUGUUAUGACUUGUGAAACAAAUGGAGAAAACAAGUUUGAGUGGUUUAAGGACAAAUUGAUGCUUGUUGGUAAUUCACAAAUGCUAUUUUUUAAAGCUGUUAAAAGGACUGACAGUGGUAGUUACCAAUGCAAAGUUCUGGAUGAUCAUGAGUUAAUUUCACAAGCAGUUCAGCUGGUUGUUUCAUAUCUGGAUGAGCCUAUUAUUGAAUUGUUGCAUCCAUUGCCUUUUAUAAUGGUUGGAGAUAGCAUAGAAUUAAAAUGUGUAUCAUCUGCAAAGGUUAUCUUUACUUGGUGCCAUAACAGCAUCAUUCUUAGCAACUCUUCAAUUUUGUCUCUUCAAAAUGUAACAACAAAGAGUCAAGGAGAGUAUAUUUGUGAGAUUUAUGGAGAAAUGGAAUCAAGGAAAGCUUCAAAAGUUAUUCACAUUCAAUAUAUGUAUCAUCCUGUAGUUCAAUUUCUACCAUCUAAUUCAAUCGUAGAGAGGAACACAGCUGUUGCUAUUUGUUAUGAAAAUUCUUCUGAUUCAGUAAAUUUUACAUGGUUCAAAAAUAAUAAUGUUUUACCUGAAUCAUCUCGAUUUUUCACCAUUGCAUAUACAAAUAGAACAGAUAAUGGUUUCUACAAAUGUAAAACGUCUAACCAAUAUACAGAAAGGUUUUCAAAUGAUUACUUGCUUAAUGUUGAGUAUCUUGACAAGCCAGUCAUAACUGAGUCAGAAAAAUUAGGACUUAUUACCUUUAAUUGUACUGCUGAUGGAAAUCCUGCUCCUAAUUACACUUGGUUUUAUAAAAAUAGUGCCUUUUCAAAUGAAACACAAUUAGUUGUAAAUGUAAAUAUUGCGGAAAAUGAAAUUUAUGUUUGCCAAGUUUCAAAUAAAGUUGAAAGUCAUUCAGUCAGUACUGCUAUUAAAGAACCUGCUAUGAAUGUACCUGUGUUAAACAUAAUACCUUUUGACACAAUUGAAGAAGGCAGCACAGCUGUGCUUACUUGUGAAGUUGAGCAUUCAGGACCAAUUAACUAUUUAUGGUAUAAAAAUGACAUCUUAAUUGCUGGAAAUUCUGCAACCAAGUUCUUUAUAAACGCAGCAAGGAAUGAUACUGGCACUUAUCAAUGUACUGCAUUUAAAAAUCAGAGUAUGAAAAGUUCAAAUAACAUAACCAUGAGAGUUAAAUACUUAGACAAACCUGUUAUAAUUGUUGCACAUCCUAAUAAAAUGAUUUGUGUGAAUGACUAUGUUCAGUUGAUCUGCUCAUCAUCUGGCAGUUCUGCUAUUACAUAUCAAUGGAAAUAUGGAAGUAAAGUACUUAGCAACUCCUCAGUAUUGGAAUUUGAAAGUAUAAAUAAAGAAAAUCAUGGAGAAUAUAGCUGUGAAGUUUUUAGUGUCCAAGGAAUGAAAAAACAAAGUUUUAAAGUUAUUAUGGUUCAUUACCUUGAUGAGCCGUUUCUCGAUGUCUCACCUUCAAGCAAAGUUAAAGAAGGGAGUUCGCUGACCCUUAGAUGCUCAGUAAAUAGUUCAGAUUCUGUUUUCUAUACUUGGAUAAAAAAUGAUUUAGAUAUGGAGGUUCACUCUGAAUUUUUUGUGAUUAGUAAAGUUAAUCAUCAUUCUGAUCAUGGAGUUUAUUAUUGCACAGCUUCAAAUAUUGCUGGAUUUAAAACUUCAAAUGAAUUAACAAUAUUAGUGAGCUAUCUUAAAACACCUGUGAUUACUGACGUCCAAAAAGAUGGUUUUAUUUUUUUUACUUGUUUUGCUGAAGGAUUCCCAUCACCACAAUAUAUAUGGAAGCUAUAUGAAAAGAAUUUAACACACAAUGAUACUCUACAGAUUGAAAUAAGUAAAUCUUAUAGUAAUGAAUACGAAUGCACUGCAUUCAAUGAAUAUCAUACGAAAUCAGUGUUUUCUGUUGGUCUUAAAAUGUCUCUAUCUACACCAUUGUUGAAAGUUUUUCCUUCUGGAAAUAUCAAUCGAGGCUCUUCUGUUUUUUUCACAUGCUCUAUGAACAGCAACAAACCCGUCACAUAUGCUUGGUAUAAAAAUAAAAAAGUUUUGGUCGGUCAGUUUGACCAAGUGCUAUAUUUAGAAAAUGUUAAUAUUAAUGAUAGUGGCGAAUAUAAAUGCACUAUAUCAAAUGAUGUUGAGACGGAAACAUCUAAAUCAAAAAAAUUGGAUGUUCUUUAUCUCAACACUCCUGACAUAGGAGUAUCAAAGGUAGUUCUAAAUAAGACCGAGAGUUUCUCACUUCCUUGUAGAUGUUUUGGAAAUCCAAGUGAUAUUGAAUAUAGAUGGGUUAAAGGGGUAGAAGAAAAUAUCGUUAGCAACACAUCUUCAUUAGUGCUGAAAGAUGUUCAGACUGGUGAUUCUGGCAUUUAUAAAUGUGUAUGCAGAAAUAUUGUGACAGAAACAUUUCAAGAUGUAAAAAUUGUUGUCAAUUAUCUUGGUCCUGCUUCUGUCUACACUACUUCUACCAACACAAGCAAAGAAGGAGAUUCAAUAACAAUGUAUUGCCUUUCAAAUGGUACUUCUCCAUUAGCAUAUAGAUGGAAGAAAAAUAAUAUUGAUAUAAAACACAAUGGCAAUGUUUUUUCAUUGAAUAAUGUUAAUCAUAGCGAUAGUGGCUUGUACUCUUGUGAAGUUUUUAAUUCUGUUGGAUCUCAAAACUCUAAUGCUGUCAAUCUCUCUGUGUCAUUUCUCACAAAUCCUGUAGUCAUUUCAAUAAAUGGAGACUCUAUUUUGAAAGAAAAUUAUAAUGAAAGUGAUACAGUGAAAUUGGCUUGCGUUUCAUCUGGUUACCCAUCAGUUUUUUUUAAAUGGAAAAAUAAAAACAAGGUGUUUUCUUUUAUGAAUGAGGUUGUUAUUCAAAGUGUUGCUAUUGACAACGCAUCAUUUGAAUGUCAAGUUACAAAUGGAAUUGAAACUAAGAGUACUUUUUAUGAAUUAAAAGUUGUUUAUAUCGAUCAACCACGUUUGUCUCUCACUCCUUCCUUAAGUGUUGAAGAGAACCGCUCAGCUGUAUUAAACUGUUCAGUUAAUGGAUCACAACCUAUUAAGUAUACAUGGUACAAGGACAAUUUGCCUAUUGAUGGUUAUUCCACCACAAUUGUUUUUUAUGGGGUUAAAAGAAGUGACCAUGGAGUAUACACUUGUCAUGCUAAUAACCUGGCAGGAACAAAAAUAUCAAAUGCUGUUUUGCUGAUGGUGACAUACUUAGAAGAACCAACUAUUUUCAAAGAAGAAAUUUUAACUGAUGAUCAGUAUUUAGUGUUAUUAAAAUGCUCUGUUAUAUCGUAUCCACAAGCUGUGAUAGUUUGGCUUGAACAAGGUCUUCUUCUAGCAGAAGGUCCACAACUUAAUUUGAGUAGUCAUAAAAUGGUUGAAAUGGAGGCUAUUACUUGUCAUGCAAGUAUUGGAGGAUUAACAAAGAAAGUAACUGAAGUUAUUCAAUUUUAUUAUUUUAGUACGCCUUUUGUUCAAGUUAUUCCUGAGGGAAAUAUCAAUAGAGGUUCUACUGUCAUAUUAACAUGUUCAUUUAAUGGCUCAACAUUAUUUAAUUCUUUAACAUAUUCUUGGUAUAAAGAUAACAAAGAAAUAUUUGGACAUACACAAAAAACGUUGCUUUUUGAAAAUAUUGAAAUAGAAAAUGGUGGUGAAUACAAGUGUACUGUUGCGAAUAAUGAAACUAUGAAAACUUCAAGUUUAAGAAAGCUGACUGUUUAUUAUAUAAAGCCUCCAGUGUUGGGUUUAUCAACUAUAACACUCAAAGAAGGUCAAAAUUUUUCAUUACCAUGUAAAUGUGAUGGAAAUCCUGAUGAUAUAAAAUACAGAUGGGUUAAAGGAGUUGAAGAAAUGUUUUCAAGCAAUACAUCGAUGUUGGUAUUGAAUAAUGUUUAUGCUCAAGACACUGGCAUUUAUAAAUGUGUAUGUAAAAAUCUUGCAAUGGAAGCAUUUCAACAUGUUCAAAUUUUUGUUAGCUACCUUGGUCCUGUUUCUAUUUACACGACUUCUAGCAACAUGAGUAAAGAAGGAGAUUCAAUAACAUUGUAUUGCUUUUCAAAUGGUACUGCUCCCUUAACAUAUAAAUGGAAGAAAAACAAUACUGAUAUAAAGCAAUAUAGUAGCAUUGCUACAUUACAUAACGUUCACCAUAAUGAUAGUGGAUUGUACUCUUGCGAAGUUUUUAACUCCGUAGGAUCUCGGAUUUCUAAUAUCAUAAAUAUCUCAGUAUCAUUUUUGGAAGAACCUUCUAUUUCAGAAGAUGAAAUAGUUACAGGUAAUCAACAUUUCAUCUUUUUAAAAUGUUCUGUGUUAUCUUAUCCCCCUGCUUCUAUAAGUUGGUUAUUGGAUGAUCUUGUAGUAGAAGGUUCUUUUAUUAAUCGAAGUAAUGAAAAAAUGAUUGCAUCUGAGAAAGUUGUUUGUCAAGUAAGUAAUGGUGUUCAAACAAAGAGAAAAGAAGAAGUUAUUUAUUUCUAUUACCUUCACUAUCCCAAUUUAUUUUUACGCUACAAAACAGAUUACUGUGAAGGAGACAAUAUAGAACUUGUCUGUGAGACAAAUGGAAGUAUGCCAAUUAUUUACACAUGGUUUCAGAAUGGAAUAACGCUGAGUGCCAAAAGUCAUGUUCUUCAUCUGAAGAAUGUUUCACGCAAUGAAACUGGAAUAUAUGAAUGUUUAGUUCAAAAUCAAUUGAUGCAAAAAGCUUCUCUACAGGAAGUUGUCAAAGUUUCUUAUCUGGAUCAACCAUCAAUUAAAAUAUCUACAGAUUUUGAGAUUUUUGAAGGAGAUGAUGUAUUAUUGGAAUGUCUAGUGUCUGGAUACCCUUAUCCAUAUGUUCAAUGGUAUAAAGAUGGGGAACUUUUAUUUAAUGAAAGUAGGUUAUACUUAAGCAAGAUUCAACGCCAGCAGGGAGGGCUAUUUGUUUGCACUAUUUAUAACCUUGUAGGAAAAAAGUCUUCAUUUUUGCUUUUAAAAGUACACUAUAUGGAUACGCCAACCUUGUCAAUAAAUGGCUCAUUGACAAUAGCUUCUGGAAGUAGUCUGAUUAUUAAAUGUCUUGUGGUUAGCUCUUCUCCAUUACAAGUAAGCUACUUAUGGUACAAAGAUGGUUAUUUAUUGCCAAAUACGUCAAAUGAGUCUGAGGAAUUAGUAUUGAGGUAUGUUGAGCAGGAAAACAGUGGUCAUUACUCAUGCUCCUCAAAGUUUGUUGCUUUUGUUAAAAGUAGUGAAGAUAAUCUAACUUUAACAAUUAAACAGGGUUUUCUUCCACAAUGCAACAAUAAUUGGUUAUUGGUUUACCAAAAUAAUAAUUGGGAGUGCAUCUGUAAAGAUGGUUUUUAUGGUGACAACUGCGAACAAAAAAACCAGGUUGUGCAAGCAAAAGUUUCCAUUAUGAGUGUAUGCAAUCAAACUGUGUGCUAUUCUGGCACUUCGUUAAGAGAUCAAUUAAGUUUUAACCAUUUUUACAUUUUUCUGAAGCAAUCUUUUGAAGAGCAAAUGUUGUCAUCCUUUCGUGCUGAGCUACAGGAAGACUAUGUUGUUCAAGUUAAAUGGAUCAAUCACAACUUUGAAGAAUGGUUAAACAUAGAUUAUCUUGUUUAUUUCACAAACUCUCAUAAAUCAGUGUCCCAGCAGCAGCAACUUGUUCAAAUGGUGGCUGUUAAAUAUUUUUACAAUAGAGUGCACACCAAAAACGUUUUUUCUUUUCAAAUUAUUGCAAAGUUAACAAGACUCAAAGAUUUUGAUUAUUGCUAUAAUAGUACUACAUUGUGUGAUACUCAUGCUGAAUGUUUAAAUGGACUUGGAACACACUUUUGUCGUUGCAGAUCUGGUUAUGCUGGAGAUGGCAUUAAAUGUGAUCCAAUACUGAGCUGUGACUUUGAUGGACAAAAAAAGUUGCUAAUUUUUGGCUGCAUUAUUCUUUCAAUUAUACUGCUUGCAUUGUGUAUCGGAUAUAUUUUGGCACGCAUCUUGAUAGAAAAGCGGAAAAAGUUUCUAUCAUCUGCAAUGGGUUCAGUUUCAUCUUACGUUAAUAAUAACAAUAAAGGUUGCGUUACAAGCGUUCUUCCUGAAGUAAAGGCAUAUAGUGAAGCGCUAGAAUUUUAUAAAAAACAAAAAUUUUAAAUGGUAUUUUAGACGUAUAUUGCAUUUGGUCGUUUUUUGCUGGGUAGAAUUUUGUUUGAUAGAACAGUAGAGGCUGUUAAAAUACUUUAGAAAAAAAAAUUAAAAAGAAAACAGAAUUGUUAAAGUCAAAAUAACAAAAUUGUUGAAUAGCAAACAAAAGUUAUAAAAGCAAAAAAAUUUUACUGAAAAAAAAAUUUUUUU